UCCGCAGUUAAUAUAGCUGUUAUUUUGACCCUCGCAUUUAUAAACAGACAUUCGGUAGGUGCAGCUAGCUCUACAGCUAUAUUUAGAGGACAUUGUAUUUUGUGUUUAGCCAUUUAAUCCGAGCAUUUAGUAAUCUACAUAUUAUUUUGUCUAGAGCAUUUUAACCAUAUUCAAGAUGUCUACGACAGACGAUAAACGCAAUCUCUUUGAGAACGAAACGGGGACUGGAACCUCUGAACUGCCAUCGCAGCCCGCGUCCUACCCUCGAGCACCACAAUACCAACAUGGUACCCAACACCCAUACCAGCAGGCCUACUGCUACCCCACCCAGCCUGUGGCUCCACCACCGAGUGUGUUGCCUUACGACCUCGAUCAGGUGAUGGUGGUCCCGUUCGCCUUGCAGAGUAGGCGAUACACUCCCAAAUCGCUCACCCUUGCAGUCAUCCUUUGCAUCCCUAUCCUGGGGCUGUUCGGAGUGCAUCACUUCUACCUGAACAGACCGUUGCUUGGUGGCCUCUACUGCAGUACCUUGGGUCUCUUUGGCAUCGGAUGGGUUGUUGAUUGGUUCAGGAUUCCGUGCCUGGUGAAGAGGUGUAACGAGGACUUGAAGGAGGCACAUGAGAAGGGUCACUGGUUGUUCUGUACUGAAAGGUUCGUUGGUCCUCUGAGGAAGAUCUCCCUGGUUGAUGCCUACCUAAUGUGGCUGCCCCCUUUCGGCUUGUUCGGCACCCAUCACUAUUAUCUUGGUCGGACUCGGUAUGCCAGCUUCCAUUCUUUCUCCUUCGGCUUAAACGUUGUUGGGUGGGUUUUCGAUCUCCUCCGCAUGCCGUGGCUGGUCCGCAAGGCCAACGAGGAGGUCACCAGGAUGAAGGCUGGUAUCAAGGUCGAAAGGCCACCAUACUCUCUCCUCGAUGCCUAUUUCUUAGCUGUUCCUCUAGGUUUCUUCGGACUCCAUCAUUUCUACCUCGGUAACACCAAGCGAGGCAUCCUCUACCUCUGCACGCUUGGUGUCUUUGGUCUGGGUUGGCUUGUGGACAUGUUCCAGAUGCCUCUGAUCGUCUCCGAGGCAAACAAGGAAAGGGAGCUGAGGGAACGACUGAACGGAGCUUUCACCCACCAGCAAAAUCAGGCAUCCACGACGACUGUAGUCGUCGUACCCGCGGGUGGUGGAUACCAAGCAUCGACUGGCUACCUUAUCGAGCAGCCACCUGCUUAUGCAGCCUACAACACCACCGGAGAGGUUGUCGAGAGGAGUUGCAUGACAUCAGGGCGACCAGAUAAUCAUGAAUAUAAUGUGCAAAGUGCGCAAAUUCCACCACAAAAUGGCUACAACUCGAUGGAUGUAUCGAAAGGAUAAAUGUAUAACAUUAUCAAAUUUUGUACUCGGCUUUUCCUUUGUAAUUACAUACAUCAGUUUUUUAUUUAUUUAAUACAUAUUUUAUAAACCAAGAGUAUUUACCUUAAUUACUGUUUAAAAUGUGCUACAUUACCCUCUUGUACUUAACGUAUGAGAUACUAUAUAUAGGCACUAUAAUUAUAAUGGUUUCUAUCUGGGAUCAUGUUGAUGAAAAAAAUAAUUUCAUUAUGAGAUAAAAUCAUGUACCUUCUAUCUUGUUCCUUUUUUUCAUUGAAUAUCUAAAAUGUAUGAUUUCCCAAUAUUUUUCAAAUAUAUUUUCCGCGGAGGGUGCUGCUCCAUUAGCUUAUCAAUUGAUCCUCAUGUCGACUGGAUUGUGUUAUAGACUGGUUAUAAAUAGUACAUUUUAGAGCCUUCAAAGUCCAAAUAUCAUAUCAGGUUCAAUAAAAUGAAUCUGUUAAGGUUUAAAGACCUUUCGAAUAAUUCCUUGUACAUAGAUAUACGAAGAGCUGUAUCAGUGAGCGUAUCAAUAUGCUUUUCUUCUCACGAACGUUCUUGUAUGUAAUUGGACUGCCAGAAAUUACAAAAUCAAAUGGGGAAAUAGCUUCAGACGAUACAAAUUCUGUUUCCUUUCUAUUUCAUUGUUUUUUUUUUACUGUAAAAAAAAAGAGAAGACAAUUCAUCAUUGGUUUCGGGAUCCGAGUGGAGUUAAAUCUUUGUAUGUGACAAGUGAAGAGGAAUUAAACUAGGCAUGUACAAUAUACUUUUGGGACAAAAAUGCUUUAAAAUGGUUGGAAUUGGUUGAAACCAUGUGGUUUAAUCCAAUCCACAUGAUAGACAUGACAAUAUUAAUGUCGUAAAUUCAUUGGAACAAGAUUUUUUAAAUAUCACGUUGUUUGCCUCUUGAAACACGACAAUUUCCUUUUUUUCUUUGUUUAUAUGUUGUUUUUUUUAAUGCCACGCUAGCAACAAUUGAUCACGAUAAUUUAAAGCUAACAAAAUUAAGAACCACAACUAUCAAUACAAUACUAAUUACAGACAUAUAUGUUUAAUCAUAUUCAGGUCUUUUUAUUUUCUUGCCUUUACGGUGUGUAUAUACGGUACAACAGAUAAUAUUUUUAUUUCGACGAGUCAUAUUUAUUUUUGUUGCCUCU